ACGGUGCAGGGGGGCAGGGUUUGUGGAGUUGGUUUCCUUUUUUUUUCUUUUUGCAACACUAGUUAUUCAGGGGAGUGUCUUGCAUUAUUAAUGCUGAGUGGCUCCGGCAACUACUGCGGUUCAAGGUCGUUACUCAUCCGCUGCUACUGCAGGAGACACAGGAGCGCUGAGCCAGAGCUGUUCAUCCAACUCUCUUGGUCCUCCCAGGCCAGCAGGAUGAAGGGCCCUAGGCAAACAUUCCUUAAUUUAUUCUGCAUCCUCUGGCUCUUGCUUCUGCUGAAGGCUGCCUCUUCCUCCCCUCUACACCAUGAAAAUGAACCACCACCCCCUUCACUCCCCAUUGGGCUGUACAAAGGACAGACCUGCGUUGGAUGCGUGCUUGUGGUGUCUGUAAUUGAACAACUUGCACAAUGGCACAACAGUACAGUAAAGGCAGCCGUGGAGAGACUGUGCAACUACAUACCUGAAAAACUGCAAGGUUUCUGUUACUUACUCGCUGAACUUUAUGGAUCACGCAUAGCUGAACUCAUAGCCAGGGAAAUGAAUGCUGAUGUGGUUUGCCAUUCCUUGAAGCUGUGUAAACAGGAUCCAGGACAACCGCUUUGUCAUCUCUAUCCUCCUCCAAAGGUAGGACUGAGAACUGCAAUAAAAAAGGCAAGAAGAAUUAUGAAGACUUCCAAGGACCUGAAAAGCUUCAUGGGGUUCUCAAGUAUUUGUACAUUUCCUCUUCUGGCUAACCUGUGUGAGAAGAUGAAAUAUGUUAUAAGAAAUAAACUGCCUUUUGAAGAUUUUGAUGGAGAUAAAUUUAGUACUUUCCCAACAUUGAGGGGCUAUCACUGGCGAGGCAGAGACUGCAAUGACAAAAACACCACCGUGUAUCCUGGCAGACGUCCUGAUAACUGGGAUGUGAAAAGUGACUCUAACUGCAAUGGCAUAUGGGGUGUGGAUCCGAAAGAUGGAAUUCCCUAUGAGGAGAAAUUCUGCAAAGGUGCAGACUCACAAGGGGUCGUGCUGUUGGGAGACUCGGCCGGCGCUCACUUCCACAUCCCUCCCGAGUGGAUGACUGUCACGCAGAUGUCAGCGAAAUCAUUUGCUAAUCUUCCAAUGGCUUUCAGUGACGAGCUUGACUGGCCCCAGUUCUCAGAGAUCACUGGAUUUCUGAAUUCCACUAUCGGAGGCUGGACAGACUCUCUGUAUCUGCGUUUACGCAAGAGAAAUCGCUGUAAUCACAGAGACUUACAAAACAUUUCCCAAAAUGGUGGUUCUUCUGGAAACCUCCUCUAUUUAAUAAAAAGCUUGGCCAGAAACCAGCUGUUGGACAAUCCAGCCAUAGUUAUCUAUGCUACAAUUGGGAAUGAUGUCUGCAAUGGGAACCGUGACACACUGGCCCACAUGACUACACCCAAAGAAAUGCUCUCCAAUGUGAUGCAAGCUCUGCGAUACCUGGACUCCCGCCUUCCAAACGGCAGCCAUGUGAUUUUAACAGGCUUGGUAGAUGGUCGCUUCCUCUGGGAUAACCUGCAUGACAGAUACCAUCCCCUAGGGCAGCUGAACAGGGAUGUCACAUACAGUCAAAUUUAUUCUUUCCUUGACUGCCUCCAGGUGAGCCCCUGCAGCGGCUGGCUGACCUCCAAUGAGACCCUCAGGAAUUUGACCUCAGAGAGAGCGUUACAACUUUCCAAUGUCCUGAAAGAAAUAGCGAGAUCUGAGAAAUUUGCCAACUUUGAUAUUUUCUACAUGGAUUUCCCACUGAGACAAACGGCUGAGGAGUGGCGCAAGAUGGGAGGUGAGCCCUGGCAGCUGAUUGAACCAGUCGAUGGCUUCCACCCCAGCCAGAUUGCUGCAGCCCUUGGAACAAGCAUUACCUGGCAGAAGGCACUACAGGAAUGGCCUCAAGUGCUUGGAAAGGAGAAUCCAUUCAAUGACCAGAUUGAAGCUAUAUUCAAAGAUCAAGGUGGACACUGACUUCCAAACUGCCAGAGCCAUAAUGUGAUUUAUGGUGAUGCUUCCCAGUGCAUUCCACGAAUAAAGAUGAUUAAAGACACACACAAAAAAGGGGGGAGGGGAAGUUAUCAGAGCCAGUAGCAGUGGACAUAGCACAACAGCAGUCUUUUCAGCUUGUAUCUCACCUGCACAAGUAGGCUAUGCUUUUUCUGUGGAGCUACAAAAAUAAAAAUCAAAGGAUACCUGCCA